AUGGCCGAGGUGGGCGGCUUCCUGGGGGCGCUGGACCCCGAGCUGCACGGCUUGCCCCCGGCUCUGGCCGGGCUGCCCCUCGCCGACCCGGCCGGCUUCCUCAACGAGCGCCUGGGGCAGAUCGAGGGGCGGCUGCAGCGCGGCUCGCCCACCGACUUCGCUCACCUCAAGGGCAUCCUGCGGCGGCGGCAGCUCUACUGCCGCACCGGCUUUCACCUGGAGAUCUUCCCCAACGGCACGGUGCACGGCACCCGGCAGGACCACAGCCGCUUCGGGAUUUUGGAGUUUAUCAGCCUGGCGGUGGGGCUGGUUAGUAUCCGUGGGGUGGAUUCGGGACUCUACCUCGGCAUGAACGAGAGAGGCGAGCUGUAUGGGUCGAAGAAGCUCACAAGGGAGUGCGUUUUCCGAGAGCAGUUUGAAGAGAACUGGUACAACACGUACGCCUCGACCCUCUACAAGCAUCCCGACUCGGAGAGGCAUUACUACGUGGCGCUGAACAAGGACGGCUCCCCCCGCGAGGGAUACAGGACUAAGAGACAUCAGAAAUUCACUCACUUUUUACCAAGGCCUGUGGACCCUGCCAAAAUACCUGCAAUGUACAGAGACCUCUUCCACUACAGGUGA